CUGAUAAUAUCAGUAGGAUCUUGUGGCAUCCUCGGGUUGUUGUAUUUUACGCACGUGUUCAGUAGAAACACAAAUGAAGCCAUGUGUUUUAACGAAUCGCCACAGUCCGUGCGUGCACGUAAUCUGUUCCAGCCUCACAGAAAGGUAUCGCACGUGCUAAUUGUCACCCAUCCCCGCAGCGGUUCAACCUUAACUGGCGACAUUAUUCAGAAGUCCGGAAGCAGCUUCUAUGCGUUUGAACCACUCCGAUUCGCAGGAGAGUCGAUACAACUUGGACAACCCGUCAUCUAUCUCAACGGCACACAGCGUGUGUACAACAAUUCGAGAGAUGCAGUGUGGGUUGAAGCGGACAUAUUGUACAGGUGGUUCACUUGUGACUUUUGUCGGGUCAACAUCCAAGAUCUAAAAAGCAAAUUCAUUGAGUCCUUUUCGACCAAUCUACGAGAAUAUGCCGUUUGUCUGAACCGCUAUCGUUUCAAUCCUUUGCCCCGCUGUUUAUCUCAAUUACGUAAAACGUGUGAACAGGCAACAGUCCGAUCUAUCAAAACAGUACGCCUGCAAAAUUUGGAAUCCAUACCGAUUCUGUUGCGGCGAUUGCCAAGCCUGAAGGUCAUAUAUUUGGUGAGAGAUCCUAGAGGAAGACUUGCGUCUCAGGCAGCCUUAGAUCCAACGGAAUGGAACAUCGUGGAAGAUCAAGCGGAGACGAUGUGUACACAAAUGUACCAAGAAUUCAGAUACAUUGCUAAAAUAUGGAAACAUCUUGCUGGACGACUGAAAAUUCUGAUGUAUGAAAAAUUUGCAAAGGAUCCAAUAGACGUGUCAAAAAGACUGUUUGAGUUUUUAGAUAUUGAUUUUACUGAAUAUUUGCAAUUUUUUGUCAAAACCGUCACCCACGUUGACUUGGAUAAGACGGGAUGUUAUUGGUGUACGAAAAGAACAAACUCACGGGAGACAGCCACCAGGUGGCGUAGGGGAAUUGAAUAUAGCCAUGUUAAGAAAAUAGAUGAUCAGUGCAGCGAUGUGUACAAUGAACUAGGCUACAUGAAAAUUAGAAAUGAACAUCACCUACGAAAUAUGUCCUUAUCUAUAAUAGGGAAGAGCAACCAUCCAUAUCUAUACGUAUGA